AUGCCUGACGCAAACCCCGCCACCCAUGAUGCCGACCAUCUGACUGCAGACGGUCGGCCGCUGUCAACUCAUGUACCACCAGGGCAAAUUCUGACGGGAAAGCAAGAGCACUAUCUGAAGCGCGAGCUGAUCGGCCGUCAAGUGCGCAACGAAAUCACCGAGCUGAACUCCCCCACUGCCCUCCACCGCUUCGGCGCUCCAUUCAAAUCUGAAUUCGGGGAAGUUGCCCCCGUUGAUUCUGAACUGCCGAUUCUGCGAUACAUCUUUGUGCACCAUGUGCGCAAGUUCCCUUUCCUCGACCAGGCUCGCGAGAAGGAGUUUUGGCAGGAUAGGUUGCAGGUGUUCCUCGAGUCGUUCGCUAACAAGCAUGUAUCGUCCUCGGAAGACCGGUUGGAGGAGACCAAGCGCAGGAAGCUGGCGCGGAAAGCUGAAAAGCUCGUCGAGCUGAUGAUGGUAUCGGGAAUCCCCACAGCGUCGGGGUAUGAAGAGCGGAUAUCAUUCUCGGAGAUGGAGGUGGUCGAUCGCGGCGCGAACGAGAAGGGCCUUCUCGUGAAUAUGCCGGAGGGGCAUGCGAUACAUGGCUGGGAUGUCAAUGUCGCGGCGGUACGAGUUACCUCGGUCAAACGGACAGUGCGAUACCAUAAACACGCGGAAUUCAUCCUCCGUGUGCGGCGGGAAGGCAAGCCUGACAUCUUUGUGGCCAGGCGAUAUGGAGAAUUCGCAAAACUUCAUAAGAGACUGCGUACAGAGUUCCCGGGUAGAACAUUAGCUCCUCUCCCGAGAAAAAAUAAGUCAUCAACAAGUGCUAGUUUUUUCGGCUCGGCUGACGAUGAGGCGUCCUCUAUUUCUUCCGUGUCAACUCAAGAUACUAGCGAGGGGUACGCAGGUCGAACGCUGGCUCCCGGACCCCAUCACAGUCGUUCAUUGUCACGCUCCUCCAUGAGAUCAUCAAAGUCCGGGAGACUUUCAAGUGAGAGCCCGAGAGAGACGGUGCUUUACAGGGAGGAGCAGCGCGUCUCUCUCCGAGCAUUUCUACGCACUUUGCUGCAGAACAAGCGAGUUUCCGAGUCAAAGGCGAUGGAGGAGUUUCUCACAGCGCAUCCCGUCACCUUGAAUGAAGAGGAAUUAACCGAUGUCGAAAGAAGAAAAGCAGCGGACGCCAUCAGGAUUGAGGAACAGAAGCGGUUCUACGAAAUUGCAAGGCAACGUGCGGCGGAAUUGGAUGUGUACAUGGAGCAGUUCCGCCGGGAUAUUGUGGAGAGCAAUGGUCUAACGAAAUUGUUCUCCGAGAUUCGUGAAAAGAAGACGAUAGCGGACCUUAGCCCUCAGUACCAAAAAUUUGCUGAAUGGCUCCGAAUUGAGGUUGCGGCAACUCUCUAUCACGUAUUCCUGGCUGAGGACAACUCUCCCGAGAUGUUCGCGCAGUUCAAGAGGAUACAUUCUCUUGUCCCGUAUACCUUGCUAAAGAAUGUCAUCCGCAUCGCCAACCCUGCGGCUGUGAUGAGUGGUGUCCUAGAUCUUUUCCUCGCCCAGCCAUUUGGGUCGCGGUCUCUGCUACAGCGCAUCUUUUCCAUGGCUCUAAAUGACGGCAUUAAACAAUUCCAAAAGUCCAUUGACUCGCUGGCAGCCAAGAUUGACGAUCCCGUCCUGACUGGGAAGUUGAAAGCAUUCGCGCAUGCAGAUGAGAAUAUCAAGAAUGAAAUUCGGACAGAGGCUGCGGAUGAAGAUGUGGAUUUGAUCGUUGUUAUUCUUCGGUCGGAGCUCAUAUCACCUGAGCUCACUCCAGAGCAGGUUGGAAAGGUGUUCAAUGCUUAUGUGGCCUGGAAUCAUGCGGUGGACAACGUGGACCUUGAGAUGCAGGAAGGGGCCCAGUGGUUUGCGAACAUGAAGCAAUUGCUCAAGCUCUACACCCGACAACGCGACAAGGCAAUGAUUCUCAGCAUCAUCGAGGAGCCUGUCACCCUUCAGUUAUUCCGUGAUCUCUUCACUAUUUUCUACGAGCCCCUAGUGCGCGUCUACAAAUCUGCGAAUGUGUACAGUAGCAUUACUGACUUUGCGCAAUUUGCCGACGACGCGAUCGCUGUGAUUGAGAAAUGUCACAGGCAGGAUGUUUCUGCCGACCCUAACCAAACCGUCCAGGCCUUCAUCGAUCUGUGCGAGCGGCACCAAGACAACUUCUACAAGUUCAUUCACGAAGUGCACCUUCACGAUAAUGGCUUGUUUACCUCCCUCAUGGGUUGGAUUGAAGAUAUCCUUGAAUUCCUGCGCCACGGACCUCAAGGGGAUGUCGGGCAGAUCGAUGAGGCCAAGGCCAUUGAGGAGAUUAAUGCUUUGAUCAAGUGGCACGAGGAUCGCAAACGGUGGCACUUGAAUAAGACGCGACAGAAGAUGGCGGCUGAAGGCACUGGUAACGAGUCUUUCCCCGGGAACGCGACGUUCCGCGGCAGUGAUUUUGGCUUGGAUGAGGUAUGUGUAAUGCAAAGGGCUUUAUCUUCAUGUCUAACCAACUUCCAGGCCGAUCUUCAAGAUCUCGCCAUUUCCGACGCGGAAUCCGAACAGUCCGAGGAAAUGGAAGAGGACGACCUUGAUCCUAUCACAGCUGAGAGGAGACGCCGCGUCAAGAAACAGGAUCAGCUUCGCCGGACUGCAGGAGAGCCGGUCAAGCCGGAAGUCGAGGAGAUUCUCAAGCUCUCGGAGCCUUUUAAUGCUAUGUUAAGGCAGAAACCCCAACAUAAGCGCUGCAACUUCUUUCUCUGGCAAAGCGAUGCAGAAGCGCGGGAGAAACUAGCCGUGCUUUCGAACUCACGGACUGAGCCGCGCUCGGCGAACAAUACACCUACGAAGCCAUCAGUGCAGGGAAGCGGCCUUCUCACGCCACAAACGGACACGAAGGUCCAGGAUGUCCGCGGGAUGAGCGCCAACCGCACGCCCACACCGUCGAAGAGCGGAAAGGCCAGGAUGAUGACGGAGGAUACGGACGAGUUUAGCUGGGAUGAUUCGUCGGAGGCUGAGCAGCUGACCGAGUUGCUUGAGCGGCCUCGUCAGCCGGAUUUCGGACAGGAUGGGCCUCGCAAAGCGCCGCGGACCGAGACCCUCACGUCCCCCGGCAAGCGAAACCUGGCGGACAUAGAAAAUGAGGAAAGCGAGAGUACGACCGCGCUUACGCCUACGUCUAUCUUCUCGACCCGCACGCAGACCAGAUUACCGCCGGCUUCGGCAGAGGUCUCGAUGACGCCUACGCCUGGCAGGUACAGAAAUGUGCUGUCUACGGAUGCGCGUGACGAUUCGUCUGAGCUAGGUCUUCAGGCUUUGAAGAUCCUAGAAGAUCACAAGGUGGUCGUGCCGGAACGGGCGCAGGACGAGUUGUUGGCGCUGCUGAACAAACAUGAUCUGAAGAUGAAAGGGAUUAUCCGCGGGCGGGACAUCUCACGAAUCGCGCUGAAGAAGAAGGAUGAGACCAUUAUGAGGUUGAAUGAGAGGAUUGCGAGCCUGGACAGCGACCUUCCGGAAAUGUUUCGACCACCCGUGAAUCGCGCGAUGCGUGUCUUGGACCGCUCGUUCUUUCGCAAGACGGUUCCUCUGUCCGCUGCUGCGGUCUUCCAAAACUCAGAUAUUUCAAAGGUGCGAGCGGAGCUACACAAGAGCCGGGACCUCCUGGCUGUGCCUCGGCUCAACUGUAUCCGGGACGUUGCAGACAAGGACGGGCAGAUAAAGAAAGCUUUGCUGCUGCGCGAAACUGUCAAGCAUGACGAUAAGGAAACGUGGUCGCCAAAGAUAAGCGAGCUGGUCGAGAAGGGGAGGAUCGCAAUGCGGCCGUACGACUUGACGCUGGAUUAUGAUUUUUGGACGUACGCCGAUAUUAUCUCCUCGAUUCUACCCGAGGACGAGCUACAAGAGAUUCCGCAAGGAUUUACUCAAGUGGGACAUGUGCUGCAUUUGAAUCUGCGCGAGCAAUACCUCCCAUACAAGUAUCUCAUUGCGGAGAUUCUGAAGGACAAGAACAAGGCGAUUAGGACGGUGAUCAACAAGACCGAGGACGUUGGAUCGCAUAGCGAGUUCCGCACGUUCCCCUUUGAGCUUCUGGCGGGUGAUAAUGAUUUGAAUGUUGUCCAGCACGAGCAGGACUGCGAGUUCCGCUUUGACUAUUCCCGCGUCUACUGGAAUAGUCGACUGGAGACGGAGCAUCGGCGACUCGUGGAGAAAUUCAACAAGGGCGAGAUGGUUUGUGAUGUGAUGGCUGGUGUGGGACCGUUUGCUGUGCCUGCGGGCAAGAAGAAGAUCUUUGUCUGGGCCAACGACCUCAACCCCCACGGGUACGAGGUGAUGCAGGACGCAAUCAAGAGGAACAAGGUGGAGGGCUUCGUCACGCCGUUCAACAUGGACGGCCGGGAAUUUAUCCGCUGGUCUGCCAAGGAGCUUCUGGAGGCCGAGCCUGUGACCGUCACCAUUCAUCCCAAGGUGCGGCGAGACAGAAAAUCGGGCAAUAAAGUCGAGCAGGCUCCCCCGCCUCAUCCGGAGGAGUAUCACCGUCCAGUGUUCUUCGACCACUACGUGAUGAACCUCCCCGCGACGGCCAUCGAGUUCCUCGAUGCGUUCCCCGGCGUCUACGCCGGCAGGGAGUCGCUGUUUGCGCCGCACACUUCCCAGCGUCUACCCAUGGUCCACGUGUAUUGCUUCUCGGGCCACUCCGAGAACGAGCUGGACGACCACAUCGACAUCUGCCAGCGGAUAUCCGAGCGUAUCGGAUAUACUAUCACGCCUGAGGAUCGGAUCGGAGGCAGUGGGGAUCAGAGCAUUGAGCUCUCGAUCCAUAACGUCAGACUUGUCAGUCCUAAGAAGCAGAUGUUCUGUGCUAGCUUCCGGCUGCCUGCGGAGGUUGCGUUCAAAAAGUUUUCCCGCUUCCGGCAACGCAUCCAAGUUUUACCAGGCAGCAAACUCACCAUGAGCGUUCAACUGCCCCCAGCGACACACCGCAAGCGCGCCCUCCCCCAGGGCGAGCUUGAAGCAGCCUCAACCCUCAAACUCGGUGCUGAUCAAAACACACAUACUCUCUCGCUGUCCGAGGCCCGGCUCGUCAUCAACAAGGUUCUGGAGAAUAAGCGCCGCGGGGGGAAGAAAUACGAGGAACCCGAGAAUCUUACCAAGACGCUAGAUUACCUCGAGGUAUUUGCGCGGUUCAAGGACGAGGAGAACAUCAAGGCUGUGGAGCGGUUGCUGAACUCGCAUACUGAGUUGGAGAUGUUUGAGCGGUCGCAGCUGGGGAGCUUGUGCUGCGAUAAUGCUGAAGAGGCCAAGUCGCUUAUUCCGAGUCUGCAGCAUAAGAUCUCGGAUGCGGAUUUGCAGGAGUUGUUGGAUGAGUUGACGAAGCUGAGGAAUUUCACGGAGUGA